AUGAAGCUUUUCAAAUAUUUUGCCGUUCUAACGAGCUGCAUUUAUGCUGUGUCUCCCCUGAAUAGAUGUGUAACUUGUGAAUACGUCGGAGUUGCGGAUACCGAAGUAGAUGCGCUUGCUCAGCUAAGAGGUGAUUUAGACGAAGGAAUAGCCGCUAUUCCAUGUAGUGAGCCUCUGAGGACCAAGAACUCUGAGGGCUACACUGUUAGCGACUCAUCUGAUGCUGAUAAAUACUGCGUUGCUAUAUUCUUCAUGUUUGAAGUAAAAGAUAUUGGCAACAAUCCGCAUAAUGGUCUUUGCAUGACCAAAACAUGGCAAUACAAAACACAAAAUGAAGCAAAGGUUGAAACAAGUCACUGGGUUGUUAUUUCUCGUGGCUGCGCAUCUUCUACCGAUAAAGCCACAGUCCAAACAAAUGGAAUUCCUGUAAGCCCAAACAACAGAAAUCUUGUUGCAAACAUGUACGUUCGAUUCUAUGCUGCGACAAAUACUGUCUCGAAGGCUAGGGACAAUGCCAAAUUUCCGGAUGCUGAUGUUUCGACGCGCAUUGACUAUUCCAACGACGGACUCGCUGCAGCGCAUGCAGACAUCAAUAUUCGACCACUCACACCACAAUAUAUGUCAUCUGACGGUUCUGGAGCCCCUGAUGUCCCUCCAGUAUCUGGCUCUACGGAUGAACUCGAAUGUCUUGCAUGUGCAUCUCCCGUUGCAAACACUGACAAACACGAUCACUGUGUGAACGCUAAGACUGGAGGCCGAGUCAAAUGCAUGACACUUGCAUGUGCCGCAAUUACUGCGAACUUUAGGCUGGGAAAAGAAGCAACUGAAACUUACUAUUACGCAAAACGAGGCUGCGCUCCUAAUCCUGAUGAUGGAGUUCUUUUGGAACAGGAACACGCUGAUGACUACAUUGUCCCAGACGGAUGGACUAAUAUCAAGCAGUACAAUCACCGAUCAAUAUCUAAGAUUGGUAACACUGGAAUUUCCCGCUCUAUCUCUAUUGCCCAAGUAUUUGACUGCUACUCUUGCGAAUCCUCCUUUUCAAUCACUGUUGAUCUAGCCAACCCAGCUGAAAUCGAUUACGACUCUGUCAAAGAGAAGGACACUUCUUUCUGCUGGCAAACAGUCAAGCCCGUCGCUGACCUCAACUCCUCAACUACCGGAAAAUCCGGCUUCUGCACUGGCAAAUGCUUCGUCUCUGCUUAUAAAUACAAAGAAUCCACUGGCACAAUGAAAUCUCCAGCUACAACCUUCCACUGGUACAUUAAACGCGGGUGUGACACCCAGAUGGCCGUAAAUAAUAACGAGACUCCUGUUCCUGAUCUCUAUGGGAUUUCUCAGAUCAACCGAGUUUGCGACUACACCAACGGCACUCUCUGCAACGGCUUUGUCGAAGGAGACGAUAUAACCCUCGAGAUCGCAACUCAGUCAUCCCGUCUUCUCCGGUGUUACUAUUGCGAGACUCCAGUUGGAAAUACUGACCCUGAAAGCCCUUGCUACACUAUCCCAUCUUCCGCUAAGGCAGUCGAGUGCCCUGAUCUGUCCUACACCUCCUGCUCCACCACCGAGACCGCUUACACUUUGAACGGACAGAACUACUACGGCAUCAAACGAGAUUGCAACAAGGGUGAUCAUGAAGACUCUUCUAAACCCGUUGCUGGAUUUGAAAACGUUAAUUCUGAGACCACACACUGCAUUUACCCUUCAUGUAACAGGACCAAUGGCAAAACAGCGAACCUCGUCGCCGCUGUAGAAAAUACUUUGGGAGCUGAUAAUCAAACUGAACAAUCCGCCAUCACUACGGAAUCUUCUCUUCAGCCUGGAACUGACAACGUCACCGAAGUAGUCAUCGCGCCUACUGAAUCAUUAACUGGAUCUGCAUCUGAUAACGAUACUGAAGAAUCGAGCACUACUGCUCAAUCUUCCCCUGGUUCUGGAACUGACAAUGUAAACGAAGAAUCUGGCGCCGAUGCCGCUAUUAUCUCCGCACUCAUAGGCGUCAGUUUGGUUUUCUUCCACUAA